AUGCCGCCGCCUCGCGUGACAGCCUUCCUUUCCCACCGUUCCACCUGUAGCUGUCGCAACCCCCGACCCAGCACACGACCUCGCUCUGGACUACAACCACGACCACAGCCCUGUCACAAACCAAGCCCACGCAUAUUAUUCUUCUCGACAAGCACCCGCGUCUCACGGGAACCAAACUACUACGAAAUCCUGGACAUCCCCAUCACCGCAACAGCAGCGGAAAUCAAAAAACAAUUCUACGCCCUCUCCCUCCGCCACCACCCAGACCGCAACCGCGACGACCCCACAGCUAGCCAACGCUUCGCCCGCAUCUCCGCCGCAUACAACGUCCUCGGAAACGCCUCCAAGCGCGCCAGCUACGACCGCGACCACGGCUUCCAUCACCUCCACCACCAUCACCAUCACCAUGGGCGCGCACCCGGCCAGCACCCAAUGGGCAGCCACAGCAGCUACACCGCGAACCUGCACCACCAGCGAGGCGAGAGCUACGCAGGUUCACGGCCCGCCAGCGGGCUGAGCAAGCGCCGCGGACCGUUCCGGGGCCCGCCGCCGAGUUUCUAUGAGCAGGGCGGUGCCGGUGCAGGAUCAGCUGGUGCAGGCGGGUUUGCAUCCUCAAGUGCUGGCACUUCACAACGAGCUGCCCAUGGAUUCGAUCCCGAGGAUCCCACUGCGUUCAUUGACCGCAACCCGCUCGGCCACUUUAAUGCCCGCGGCCAUUUCCGUACACAGACUGCUGAGGAUGCGCGGCGGCGCGAGCGCAGGACGCGGGCGAUGCGCGCGACCAUUCGGGACGAGUACAUUGGCGGCGGGCCCGGCGAUUUCGUGCUCCGGUUUCUGGUGGUGUGUGGCAGUUUGGUUGUGGCUGGUGCCAUGACCGGUUUGUUCAAGUGGCCGACUACGUCUGGGUCGACGGCCAGUACGUCUAGUUCUGGGUCAAGUAGCGAGAGCAAUAAAGUGGCUAGGCGUCGGCGGGAGGCCAUGUCCGUGUCGUCUUGA